CGUUCUCUCGCGAGAUGAUAGACAGCUACCCGGCGCUGCUUCGUGACAAGUCCACUGAGCUAUGAAUGAGCCAGACAAAAGUACCUUCAUUUGGCAUUAAAACGCCCCCCCACCGCAAACUACGGUUUGUAAGCCAUCGGAGACACUUCACCGUCGCAUGAUAAGCAAGCUGUCAAGUCUUCCACCAGUGGUUUUAAUGUGUGCUCAAGACAGCAAAUCAACCAACCGCCCAAGUGCGCCCGUCACUGUUGUCAAUGUCGUCUGAACUUGAGAAACCAGUCAACACUGACAACGUCGAGGUAACGCUGACACUUUGAAGGUGGAUGGCUCCAGAAGACCGCCGGAGACUGAGGUACGUCAGCGGGGACCUGUUCUCCUGCCCCGAGGACCAGGCUUUGGCCCACUGCAUCAGCGAGGACUGCCGCAUGGGGGCAGGCAUAGCGGUGAUGUUCAAGGAGAAGUUCAAAGGGGUGGAGGAGUUAAAGGAACAGAAAAAGCUGACAGGAAAUUGUGCCGUGUUAAAAAGAGACGGACGUUUUGUCUACUAUCUGAUAACAAAGAAAAAGGCCAGGCAAAAGCCCACCUAUGACAGCUUGACACAGAGCCUUGAGGAUAUGAAGUCCCACUGUCUGGAGAACGGAGUAACGCGAAUAUCAAUGCCUCGUAUUGGUUGUGGCCUGGAUCGACUGCAGUGGAGUAGAGUGUCAGAGAUACUGGAAGAGGUCUUCAAAACCACAGACAUCUCCAUCACGGUCUACAGCCUCCCGGAGAAAGCAGAGACCACAGCGAUGAAGGAAAACAGGCGCAGAUGAUUGAUGGGCGGGGGG